CCCCUCCCGCGCCGGCUGCCGGCUGGCCGCACCCCAGGGGUGCAGGCCCGAAUGGCCCGCCGUCCUCAAGGAAUGAUCGUCUCUUAAGCCGACUUCUUUUUACUCCCUGGAUCCCUUGUGCCACAGACGCAGCCCGCUUCCUCAAGUCCUAUCUCUGGCGCAAGGAGACCUCGGUGUCGUAGAGCACCUCUGAGGGCGUGGUCAGAUGUAGGCCCCGCCCCUUUUGUGACGCACGUGGUGGCGCGCGGGCGAGCGGUGGGUGUGGGUGGUGGGUUUAGUAGGAGACCUGGAGGUCUGGCGCGUUUGUUAGCUGCUCUCGCUCCCUCUGCUCGGAGGAGCGGCGGUACCUCGGCCUCCAGUGUCUCCGGUGGAGCGAAGCGGCCGCCAGGAUGGUGUUGCUGGGCUUUCUGCAGGCUGGCGGGUCCGUGCUGGGACAGGCGAUGGAGCGGGUGACUGGAGGCAACCUUCUGUCCAUGCUGCUGAUCGCCUGCGCCUUCACACUCAGCCUGGUUUAUCUGUUCCGCCUCGCUGUCAGUCACCUGGUCCCACUGCCAGCCGGGGCGAAAAGUCCACCAUACAUUUUCUCUCCAAUUCCAUUCCUUGGGCAUGCUAUAGCAUUUGGGAAAAGUCCAAUUGAAUUCCUAGAAAAUGCAUAUGAGAAGUAUGGACCUGUAUUUAGUUUUACCAUGGUGGGCAAGACGUUUACUUACCUUUUGGGGAGUGAUGCUGCUGCACUGUUUUUUAAUAGUAAAAAUGAAGACCUGAAUGCUGAGGAUGUUUAUAGCCGUCUGACAACACCUGUGUUUGGGAAGGGAGUUGGAUAUGAUGUGCCUAAUGCAGUUUUCUUGGAGCAGAAGAAAAUGUUAAAGAGUGGCCUUAACAUAGCCCACUUUAAACAGUGUGUUUCUAUAAUUGAAAAAGAAACAAAGGAAUACUUUCAGAGUUGGGGAGAAAGUGGAGAAAAAAAUGUGUUUGAAGCUCUUUCUGAGCUCAUAAUUUUAACAGCCAGUCAUUGUUUACACGGAAAGGAAAUCAGAAGUCAACUGAAUGAGAAGGUGGCACAGCUGUAUGCAGAUUUGGAUGGAGGUUUUAGUCAUGCAGCCUGGCUGUUGCCAGGUUGGCUGCCCCUGCCUAGUUUCAGACGCAGAGACAGAGCUCAUCGAGAGAUCAAGAAUAUUUUCUAUAAGGCAAUCCAAAAACGCAGGCAGUCAGAGGAAAAAAACGAUGACAUUCUCCAAACUCUACUAGAUUCUUCAUACAAGGAUGGGCGUCCUUUGACAGAUGAAGAAAUAGCAGGGAUGCUGAUUGGACUCCUCUUGGCAGGACAGCAUACGUCUUCAACUACCAGUGCCUGGAUGGGCUUCUUUUUGGCCAGAGAUAAAACACUUCAAGAAAAAUGUUAUUUAGAACAGCGUACAGUUUGCGGGGAGGAUCUUCCUCCUUUAACUUAUGAUCAGCUCAAGGAUUUAAAUUUACUUGAUCGCUGCAUAAAAGAAACAUUAAGACUUAGACCUCCUAUAAUGACCAUGAUGAGAAUGGCCAAAACUCCUCAGACUGUGGCAGGGUAUACCAUUCCUCCAGGACAUCAGGUGUGUGUUUCUCCUACCGUCAAUCAAAGACUUAAAGACUCAUGGGUAGAACGUCUGGACUUCAAUCCUGAUCGCUAUUUACAGGAUAACCCAGCAUCAGGAGAGAAGUUUGCCUAUGUGCCAUUUGGAGCUGGACGCCAUCGUUGUAUUGGGGAAAAUUUCGCUUAUGUUCAAAUCAAGACGAUUUGGUCCACUAUGCUUCGUCUAUAUGAAUUUGAUCUCAUUAAUGGAUAUUUUCCUACUGUGAAUUAUACAACUAUGAUUCAUACACCUGAAAACCCAGUUAUUCGUUACAAACGAAGAUCAAACUGAAAAAGGCUGCAAGGAACUAAUGUGAUAUAUUAUUGUAAGCUGCGAAAACAUUUGAAGAAAAUGAAGUUUACGAAACAGCUCUCAUAGUAUACUGUUUGUAAUUCUAAAAGCCAGUUUAAUUUAUGAUUUUAAUAUUUUAUUAACUGAGUGUUUCUAUCAAAUCUAAUGGCAUUUGAAACAUUUUAUAAUAGUUUUGAUACUUACUACAUGUGCUUUGAGGAAGCCAAAGUUUAUUAGUAAAAAUAAUUGUUUUGGGGGAUCUAUGUAAUUAGCAGACUCCAAAAUAGUACAAUUUCCAGCUACUAAUUUUAAAAGAUAUAGGCAAAUAGGUCAGGAAUUUCAAAUCUGGUACUAGUUAUACAAGAUACAGAAAGCCCAAGGAAAUAUUUGGAAGGUCUUAGUUAUUCAUUUAUCUGGGAAGUUUUUGUGUGUAAGGAUGGAAAAGUAGGGAAUAAACUCACAGUUAUAGCCUGGGAUAAAAGAGAAUAUUAUUAAUAAGUUUUGGUAUGAUGAUAUUGAGCAGUGAUAGAGAUAAGUUAUAGAAAAAUACAUCCUUUUUAAGUUUGAACUGGAAGCACUGUUGGAAGUUGAGAGAGAUGUAGGACCAUGCUUUGGUAAUCAUAUUUCUGAAAAAUAAUAAAUACUAAAAAAGACUACCCAUGUGUCUUCAUAUACUAAAUAUUACAUACGUCUCCAUCUGAUAAAUAGGUGUCCUGUUCCACAAGGUCAUAUCUAUGUGCAAGUCCAAAAUCAAGUCUGUAGGAGAUAUAAUUUUCGUUUUCUUCGUUGGCUCAGUGUUAUUCCCUGCCUCCUCCAAAAUCCAUUUAUGGAUGUUUCUAUUACUAGUUCCAUUCAUUCAAGUAAAUAAACUUUUUAAAAGUACAGGAUAUGAGAUCAGGGAACUGUGGCUUUAAGAUAAGGUAAUAUGAAGCAGGUUCUUGGUAUUAUUGGUCAUAUUUUAUGAAGCCCUAUGUUCAGUAAUCAACCUAACUCAAAUUAUAACUGGGGGCCUAAUUAUAAUGAGAUACCUGUAAUUUGAUCACAUAAUCUGCUUGUACUAGAUGAAGCCAAAAUAUUUUCCCUUAUGUAUAUUACCGUUCUGCUUAAGAGGCUGGAAGACUUGUGUUAAAUUCUAAUUAUUUAGAACAAAUCUCUGCUGUUAAAAAGUUUUUCACAUUAAAAUUCUCCUUGAGAAAAAUACA